ACGACCUCAGGUUCGGUCCAGACGACCUCAGGUUCAGUCCAGACGACCUCGGGUUCGGUCCAGACGACCUCUCUCAGCCGGAUUUUCGGUCUCUGACUUUGCUGAAGUCAGUUCCUGAGUUUUGUGCUCGGCUGAUAAACGGUUAACAGGAAACAUGACCUCAGACUCUCGGCCUCUUUCUGUGUCUCUGCUUGUUCUUCUGCAGCUUCGCCGCUGCAGGAUGUGACAGAACCGCAGCAGAUAAACUUCUUCCUCCUCAGCCUGAAGAUCAACAGACGAGACGCAGCCGACAAACAUGGCUCUGUUCUUCUCUGGAGCCGUCACCAGUUCCCCGAUAAAACGGCGGCUGCGUGGGAAUCACUCCUGCCACAGCCCGGACGUGUCCCUCCUGUCCCCCGACUCGUCCUACGUCUGCUACCCGUCUGCGGACGCCGGCGCCCCCUGCUGCUGCCGCCGCUCGCCGCGCCUCCUCACCAACGGUUACUACGACGUCACAGAGGACAGCUUCUGCCUGGACGAGGACGGAAACGUGUCUCUGACCGACUGCAGGACCAGCGUGUCCUACAAGGAGAACCUGGUCAGAGUUUUCCGGCGCAGGCGGAAACCGCGCAGCGCUCUGGUUUCCCUGCUGAGCGGCGUUUCAGAGAGCUGCCAGUCAUGGCUGGACCAGAAGCUGUUCAGAGGCAUGCUGGGAACCGGCCUCAGACAGGACCCGGACUGGCCCCGGGUCGGCCAGCAGGGGGCGUCUCCGUGUCGAUUGGACGAGUCUCUGUGGGCGGAGCUAAACGCCGAUCCGGACGACGGACGUAGCUUCACCUAUGAUCCCACCGAAGCCCCGCCUCCUCCGGACAAAGAAGCCCCGCCCCCUCCUGAUGAAUUAGCCCCGCCUCCUGGGAAGCUGCUGAUCCAGGAGGAAAUCUGCUCCGAGAUCAGUCAGUCCACGCAGCGCUUCGCCCAAUCGCUGAGCGGCCUCUCUGAAGUCCCGCCCCCUGCGGCCUUCUACAGCUGCCGCCAGGCGCCACCCGAACCUCCAGGGCUGACGAUGAAGGCUCUCCUCAUCCUCAUCUUCAGCAUCUUCAUUAUCAGUGUUCUCUACUCAGGCUCCUGCUGGUGGAGCGCCAUGGUAACGGCCGCCAUGGUAACGGCCGCCAUGUUGGCGACGAUCUCAGCCGUGAUGUUCGUGACGAAGUCGGGUCCGAUGGGCGAGUGGAGGAGAGCGAAGACGGAGGACAUCACAUCCAGGAACGAGUAGGAACCGGAACCAGAACCGGAACCGGAACCGGACCAGAACCAGAACCAGAACCGGAACUUCUGACAGGAUUCUGUAGAAACCUUCCUGCUAGUUUUUCCCUCCGUGUUCGAAAAGGUGAAGCUGGUUCUGAGCUCUGGAGGCUUUUAAAGCAAACCGGGUUUGAGUUCACAGAAAGGGAAGAAAUCAUGGAUGAGUCAUCCGCCUCAGGAAUCAAUAAUCAAUCAAUAAUCAAUCAUUUUUUACCAGCAGAUAAAGAAUAAAAACUGUUUUAAAAUGGCUGAAGGAGCUCAGAACCGUUCGGUUAGCUUAGCAUCGCAUGGAGCUGCUAAACUUCACAUUAUGCUUAAAAUAUGCAGAAAAAAAUCUAAAAAAGUUUUAAAUCAAGUUCAGGUGUUUAUUUCUAAAUGCACAGAAAUCAUUUAGAAAUGAUUUAGAUCUAAUAUUUCAUUCACAGACGAGGAUGAUGAUUUAUUACCGUUUAUUUAUCAAACGGAUAAAUAAAUAAACCACAAAGCAUGAGAGCAAAACUAAAAUAUUCUGUUAUCCAGGUAUAAAUAUUUAAAAAACUUAAAUUUCAGAUGAAUCUGAAUUAUGUUUAAAUCUGAGGUCAGGUCCUCACUGCUUGGAGAGGCUUUUAUUUUGAAAGGAUUCAUCUCUGUAUGGAGCCCCUGCAGUGCUUUUAAUUUAUCACCUCUGAGCUUAAAAAAAAGAUACAAAUUAAUAAAUAAAAUUGACCACAUGAUAAGCUAUAAGUGAAAACAAGACGUUUUAAAAAUAAAUAUUACAACUAAAUUAAUUAAAAUCAAUUAAAAUACAGGCAAAUGAGCCUAAAAUCUGAUAAAUUAACAGAUUUGGUCCAUACAUUCAGCUGUAAAUAUGAUAUAAUUUAGUGCAAAAUUCAAUUCUAAUUAUGAUAUAUUUAAUUCUUUUUUGUGAAAUUUCCCCCUUUUGAACAAACUUUUAUUUUGAAAAGCAUCUUUUAAUUUUUGCGUUAAUGUAUUUUAUCCUGUUCAGACGGGUUAAUAUGAAUAAAAACUUGAUGUUUAUGAAAUGUUAGAUAUUAAAAUAAUUGAAUAAAAGUUUAAUUCUUAUUAUUAUCCUUCACAAAACUAAACUGCAAAGUUCAGCUGUAAAAAAGUGAGAAAAGGGAUUUCAGAAGAUAAAUUCAAGAAAAAAUAAUGUUAUUUACUUCUCAUGUAUAUUUAUUCCCAUGUCAAAGUUUUCACUUUGUCACAAUCUUUUAUUUUGAAAGGGACUUGCCUCUGUAUGGAGCCCUUGAAGUGCUUUUAUUUUGUAAUCCAGUCGCACUUCAGCAGCUCCAUGUGAGGAAUCGCAGAGACCAAGUGAUGUAAACUGCACUGUAAAACUUUCUGGACAUUUAUCCAGAGCUCAGCUUCGGUUCCAGGCUAAAUCAGAGCCGAAGGUCGUGAUGCGUUCAGGGCUCGUAAAAUGAAAACUCUUCCCGCAGCAAUCGCUCUGGUCGCGCUGAGGUCCGAAGAGCCGUUUUUAUCAAAGUGCCAGAUUUUUUAUCCAGAAUCAAAACGGUGAUAUUUUUGAUACGACAGCCAGCGCUCUGCUUGAUACGCAUGUUCUCCUUCUGCUGUGUUUUUAUUAGAGACCAAAACUCUGCUGCCCUCUGCUGGUUGGAACCAGCCAGUGCAGCUUGUGUGGGUUUUUUAAAAAAAUCAUGUUUAAGUGAAAUUUGUGGAAGUUUUUUUUUGACUUUCUUAGCUCUAGAUCUGUGUGAAGCUCUUAGCCUCACACUCCUCGUGUGCUACUGUUUGUGUUUGGAUUGGACGCAGUUGGAAACGCGGCGCUGUGCUCGUGACGGCGCCGGAGCUUAGAACCAGUCCGGCAGCUCAGCAGGAGUUAAAUAUUAAUAUUAAGAAAAAAAUGUGGAGUUUAAAUUAAAUUUGUCUGAAUCUGAAAAUAUUUCCCAUAAAAUGAGAUUUUUAGGGAAUAAACUCGCACAUUUCAGAGGCGUCCUUCGAUAUUUGACCACCUGGUGGCGCUGUGACGUUACAUUUAACUUCCUGUCUCCUGCCUGCUGUCAGACUGUUUCAUUUGAAGUGACUGUUUGUUAUGAAGCUAUUAAACCACGUUAAAGACGA